AUGAGCGGUGGUUGGAACACGAUCGAGUCGGAUGCCGGAGUCUUCACCUACCUCCUCGAGAAUCUCGGCGUCAAAGGCGUCCAGUUCGAAGAACUCCUCACCCUCUCCCCCGAGGAGCUCGCCCCGCUCCAACCCGUCUACGGCAUCAUCUUUCUCUUCCGCUACCCUUCCGAAGGCCUUCCCCCGCGCCCGAAAGAAUCCUACGACCACGAUGCCGCCGAACGCCUGUUCUUCGCCCGCCAAACCAUCCAGAACGCCUGCGGCACCCAGGCCCUGCUGUCCGUCGUCAUGAACAAGACCGACGAGGUCGACCUGGGCGCCAGGCUGUCCGAGUUCCGCGACUUUGCCAUGGCCCUGCCCCCGGACCUCCGCGGCGAGGCCCUCAGCAACUCGGAGCUGAUCCGCGAGGUGCACAACAGCUUCGCCAAGAGCAGCCCCUUCGCGGACGAGACGCAGCGGGCGGGCGACGACGAGGCCGAGGACGCCUUCCACUUCGUCGCCUACUCCGCCGUCGGCGGCACCCUGUACGAGCUCGACGGCCUGCAGCCCGCGCCCGUCUCGCACGGGGACUGCGGCGCCGACGACUUCCCCUCCCGCGUGGCCGGCGUCCUGGCCGACCGGGUCGCCACCUACGCCAGCAGCGAGAUACGGUUCAACGUGCUGGCCAUGGUGCGCGACCCGCGUGUUGCGGCCGCGGAGAUGGGGGACCAGGAGACGCUCGCGAGGGAGGAGGAGAAGCGGCGGCAGUGGAGGUGGGAGAAUGCGCUGCGGCGGCACAACUUUGUCGGGUUCGCUGGCGAGGUUUUGAAAGGCGUCGUGGCGGAGAAGGUCCGGCAGGGCGACGGCGCCUACGAGGCGUGGAUCCAGGAAGGCCACAGGCGGAGGGAGAGGGACGAGGGUGCCAUGAGGUUGCGGAGGAAGAUGGGCGCUGCUGGCGGUGACACCGGGGACGGGGACGAGAUGAUGCUAGGCUGA